UUUGCCGCUAACUCAAAUGUUUGGAGCUACCUCUACGGCCACCACGGUCACAAUCCUAGCCACCGCGUCUCUACAAUACAUCGCGAAUACAGAAAACCGCCACCAUGUCUAGACGGGAUUUUCUCAGUCAACCCGCACCCGAGAACUACGUCGCCGGUCUCGGUCGUGGUGCCACGGGUUUCACUACACGAUCCGAUCUUGGUCCCGCGCGCGAGGGUCCUAGUGAAGACCAGAUCAAGGCGGCCGUCGCGAAGAGAUCUGCACAGCUAGGUCUGACCGAGGCCAAGGACGACGACAAUGAAGACGACGGCCGCUAUCAGGAUCCCGACAACGAAGUCGGCUUGUUUGCCGGCGGCAUAUACGAAAAGGACGACGAGGAGGCCGAUCGGAUAUGGAAAGAGGUAGACGACAGGAUGGCGAAGCGGCGACAGAAGCAAAGGGAAGCACGAGAAGAAGCCGAACGAUUAGAGUACGAACGAAAGAAUCCCAAAAUUCAACAGCAAUUCGCCGGCCUUAAACGCGCGCUCGAGACGGUCACCGACGAAGAAUGGGCAAACCUACCAGAUCCCAAGGACCUUACCGGCAGGACCAAGAGGGCACGCCAGGCUCGUAUGGAGCGCUUCUACGCCGUUCCCGACAGUGUCCUUGCUGCCGCGAGAGAUUCCGGCCAGUUCGGUACCACCGUUGCAGAAGACGGCACCGCCACCGAAGGGGUCAACAAGGAUGGCACAGUUACAGAUUUCGCAAAGAUCGGUGCGGCUCGCGACAAGGUGUUGAGGGCGCGUUUGGAACAGCAAUCACAGUCGAGUAGCGUGGCAACGGCGGGAAGCGCGACGAGUAUCGACCCCAAGGGCUACCUGACAUCCCUGUCGAGCAUGCAGGGUGCGGAACAAAGCAUUGGAGACAUCGAGCAGUUCAGGAAGAUGCUCAAGUCGGCUGUCGACUCGAACCCCAAACAGGCAGCCAGUUGGAUUGCUGCAGCGAGAUUGGAAAUUGCGGCUGGAAAGCCUGGUGCUGCCCGCAGCUUGAUUGCCAAGGGCUGCGAACACUGCCCGAAGAGCGAGGAUAUCUGGCUGGAAAACAUUCAUUUGAACGACAACCGGAACGCCAAGGUCAUUGCGGCACAGGCUAUUCAAGCCAACCCACACUCGGUCAAACUUUGGGUGGAAGCGAUGAAGCUGGAAAACGACCCUAGAUCAAAGAAGAAGGUUAUCCGGAGAGCUCUCGAUCAUAACCAAGAGUCCGAGGCGCUAUGGAAGGAGGCUGUCAACCUAGAGGAGGACGUCGAAGACGCCCGCAUUCUACUAGCCAAGGCGACGGAGCUUAUCCCGGAGUCGCUCGACCUCUGGUUGGCACUGGCCCGUCUCGAGACUCCCGAAAACGCCCGCAAGGUUCUCAACAAGGCCGUCAAGAAGCUUCCCAACUCGCACGAACUCUGGAUCGCCGCCGCUCGCCUGGAAGAACAACUAGGCGAAGGCAAGAAGCGGCCCGUGAUGAAGAACGCCGUCAAGUUCCUCGCCAAGCAGAAUGCCAUGCCCAAGCGCGAAGAAUGGAUCGCCGAAGCGGAAAAGUGCGAAGAAGAAGGCGCCGUCAUCACUUGCAGCAACAUCAUCGAAGAAACGCUCGGCUGGGGUCUCGACGAGGACGAUGACCGCAAGGAGCUCUGGAUGGAAGACGCGCGCGCCUCCAUCAACCGGGACAAGUUCGCCACAGCGCGCGCCAUCUACGCCUACGCCAUCCGCGUCUUCCCCAACAGCAAAUCGCUCUACACGGCCGCCAUCGACCUGGAGCGCAACCACGGCAGCAAGGAAGACCUCUGGCACGCGCUCGAAAAGGCCGUCGAGGCUUGCCCGCACUACGAAGUCUUCUGGCUCAUGCUCGCGCGCGAGAAAGCCGCCGAGGCGGGCGUCGACGAGGCACGCCUCGUCCUUGCCCGCGCCUUCAAGCAGAACCCGGACAGCGAGGACAUCUGGCUGGCGGCCGUCAAGCUCGAAGCCGACAACGGCUUCAUCGACAAAGCCCGCGAACUCCUCAAGACCGCGCGCCAGAAUGCGCCUACCGAUCGCGUAUGGAUGCGCUCCGUGGCGUUUGAGCGUCAACAAGGCGACAACGAGGCCGCUAUGGAUCUCGUCCAACAGGCCCUACAGCUCUUCCCUUCCAAGCCCAAACUCUGGAUGAUGAAGGGUCAAAUCUACGAAGACCUCGCCCAGCUUGGUCCUGCGCGGGAAGCCUACAGCACCGGUGUGCGCGCCGUCCCUUCGUCCAUCCCGCUCUGGCUUCUGUACUCCCGUCUAGAAGAAAAGGCCGGCAACGUCGUCAAGGCGCGCUCGGUCCUCGACCGCGCCAGACAAGCCGUGCCCAAGUCCCCGGAGCUCUGGACGGAACUCAUCCGCGUCGAGCGGCGCGCGGGCAACUUGAACCAGGCCAAGUCGCUCAUGGCGCAAGCGUUACAGCAGAUGCCCAAAUCGGGCUUGCUAUGGGCGGAAAGGAUCCUCAAUCUCGAGCCGCGCACGCAGCGGAAAUCGUUGCUUGCCGAGGCGGUGAAAAAGGUGGAAGACGAUCCGAUCCUGCUGGUCACGGCCGCGAGAAUACUGUGGGCGGAAAGGAAAUUGGAUCGGGCGCAGAACUGGUUCGAGAAGGCGCUGUUGCUGGAUCGCGAUGUGGGCGAUACGUGGGCGUGGUAUUACAAGUUUUUGGUGCAGCAUGGGACGGAGGAGAAGAGGGCGGAUUUGGUGGCCAAGUGCGUGUUGGUUGAUCCUAGGCAUGGAGAGGAGUGGACGAGGGUGGCCAAGGAUCCAAAGAAUGCAGGAAAGAAGACGGACGAGGUGUUGAAGUUGGUGGCGGAGACGUUGUCUUGAGGGGGGUCGGUUGUUUACUAUGUAGACUAUUUGUGAUCGAUGCUAAUGUGGUGUUGAGGGAUGAUCAGCGCUGGGUUGGGUAAAAAGAAAAAAAAAAGAACAUAAUCAAUAGAAGAGCGCAAAUUUCAAUUGACUCAAUCA